CGACCGCACGUGAAGGCAGCAGAACCGCACAUGCAGUCAGUGACCUGAGACGCAGAUAAAAUAGAAACUGCUUUAAAACUAACUGUCUCCUUCAUCCGCUGCUUCACCGGACUGUGGCUGCGAAUCAGCCGCAUCAUGUUGUGUGUGAGGCCGCUGCGUCUGCUCUCCAACUCCGUACAACUCCUGAGGAACCCAGAAGCGGCGAGGAAGACAUCGAACAUCCAGGCAGGAGCAGGAGCAGCAGGAGCAUGUUGCCUGAGCUCCAGCUCCUCAACUGCUCAUAUGGAUCAUCAUGUCAAAGUGGAUGUGCAGUCACGGUCUCUCAGCUCCGGAGUGGACGACAUGCUUUUCUACGCCAUCACCGAGGGAAAGGACCAAGUUCCCAUCUCGCACUUUACCUCAGCCCUGAGGAGAACUGGCCUCCACACGUCCGACCCUCGUCUGAAGGACUGCAUGGAGAAGCUUCGACAGGCCGUGAAUGACUCUGCCGGUGAGGCCAUGAUGGACAGGGACCUUUUCCACAGAUGUGCUGGUGGAAAUAUCGUCCUGCUGAUCCAGGCCUUCAGGAAGAAAUUCAUCAUCCCCGAGUUUGAUACAUUCGCACAGAAAAUAAAUGAAAUCUACAAGAGAGUAGGAAAUCAAACUGAUGGGAAGGUUGCAGACUACAUCCCCCAGCUCGCCAAAUUCAGCCCAGAACUCUGGGGCGUGUCUUUGUGCACAGUCGACGGCCAGAGACACUCGGUGGGUGACACCAAGCUGCCGUUCUGCCUGCAGUCCUGUGUGAAGCCCCUGCAGUACGCCAUCGCCGUCCACCAGGCGGGGACGGAGAGGGUUCACCAAUAUGUGGGCAUGGAGCCCAGUGGACUCAAGUUCAACAUGCUGUCACUUGAUGACGAAGAUAAGCCCCACAACCCGAUGGUGAACGCUGGAGCCAUAGUGAUCAGCUCUCUUAUCAAGCCUUGUUCAAAUAAGGCGGACAAGUUUGACUAUGUUAUGGAGUUUGUGAAGAAGAUGGCCGGCCAAGAAUACGUUGGAUUCAGCAACGCCACGUUCCAGUCAGAAAAGGAAACAGGCAACAGAAAUUUUGCCAUCGGAUAUUACAUGAAAGAGAAGAAGUGUUUUCCACCAGGAGCAGAUAUGAUCGAUGCCCUAGAUUUCUACUUCCAGCUCUGCUCCAUCGAGGUGACGUGUGAGUCAGGGAGUGUCAUGGCGGCCACUCUGGCCAACGGGGGAAUUUGUCCGAUCACUGGAAAGCAUGUCCUGAGUGCGGAGGCUGUGAGGAACACUCUGAGUCUCAUGCACUCGUGUGGCAUGUAUGACUUCUCUGGACAGAUGGCGUUUCACGUGGGCUUACCGGCCAAGUCGGGCGUGUCUGGUGCGAUACUGCUGGUGAUUCCCAACGUGAUGGGAGUGAUGUGUUGGUCUCCUCCACUGGACAGAGUGGGCAACAGCGUCCGGGGAAUAAACUUCUGUGAGGAGCUCGUGUCCCUUUUUAAUUUCCACAACUAUGACAACUUGAGGCACUUUGUGAAGAAGCAGGAUCCUCGCAGGCAGGACGGGGAUGACAGGAACAAGUCUGUUUUCAACUUGAUGUUUGCUGCCUACAGUGGAGACGUGUCGGCCCUGAGAAGGUUUGCUCUCUCGUCCAUGGACAUGGAUCUCAAAGACUAUGACUCUCGGACAGCUCUACAUGUGGCUGCUGCAGAAGGUCACAUCGACGCUGUGGUGUUUCUGACUGAAACCUGUAAAGUGAAUCCGUUUGUAAAGGACAGGUGGGGGAACCUGCCGGUCGACGACGCCAUGCAGUUCGGACACGACGACACCGUGAAGCUGCUGAAGGACUAUCAGCAGCGAACGCAGCACACGGGGGCCGAGCAGUCACCGAAGCUGGGCACCAUCGAGGGCAUGGUGUGA